AUGUUCGAGGUCUUCAAAUCAUUUGGUCUGGUUGUAGAAGUGGUCAUUCCACCAAGGAGAGAUAAGUGUAGCAAACGAUAUGGAUUCGUUCGUUUCAGAAAGGUGGAAAACGAAAGGAUUAUGGCAGUCAAACUUAAUAACAUCAUCAUCCAAGGGAAGAAGAUAUAUGCUAAUGUACCAAGAUUUCAGUGUGACUUCACGAAUGCUCAGAGUAAUGAGAUGAGGAGCAGGAUCAUGGAGAAUAGGGGGAGGAGCAUAAAUUAUCAACAUGGGAACGAUGUCAGGAAUCUUAGGAGCAAAAAAAUUUCUUAUGCCCAAGUUGUCGGAGGUAGAAACGUGGGUGGUGGUCGUAAUGGAGCGGAACCAAGACAAAUUUGA